AUGACUUCUAAACUCUAAUUUUAUUUAGAUCAUAACAAAUCGUUUGAAAAUCCUAAAAUGGCAACCUUAUAUGAGUAUCCUUUUAGAAGAAAAUCAUGUUAUUGCAAAUAAUGCGGAAAUCUAGGUCAUUUUCAAUUAUAAUACUCUAAUUUACCGACACUAAAAGAAAUAUAAUUUAGUAAAUAGCAGAGAAUCAAAAGAAAGUAAAGUUUCGGUGAUGAGAUUAAGACUGAAAUUCCUAGUGAAUUUAGUCAAAAUGAAAGUGAUAAUGGAAGACGAAUUAGGUAAACUUUUAGGUCAAUUUCAAUAAUGAAUUUAUAGAUAUAAGGAUCGCAGAAAAUUGAAUAAAUUUAUCCAGAAAAGAGCAAUAAAACAAAAAGAAAAAGUUGUGAAUGUAGUGAAUGUGGAAAGCUUAAUACAUUCUAAAUAAAACAUAAAGAAUUAAAGAUUCUUAAAAAAGAGAGAAAGAUAAAAGAAUUUUAAAUCAAAAGGCAAAUAUAAUUCUAAAAAUAUGGAUCUACAGAGUUUUAAACAAAUAAGAAACUCAUUUAAAAAUCCAUAAUAUCUUCUCCACAUAGUCAAAGAUCAUUUUAAGUGAAAUAAAUUAAUGAAAUGAGAAGAACCAAAGAUAUUAAUAAAUUAGUAAAUAAUAGAAUAUCAACAAGAGACUUAGAACAGCCUAAAUAAAUUUAAAACAAAUUUUCAAUAAUUAAUUCAUGUCAAUAAUUAGAUUCUCCAUAAAUUCUACAUCCUUAAUUUCGAAGACAAAAUACUCAUAAACCAGCCUUAUUGUUAUCAAAUAUAAAAUGGAAGAUUUAAUGA